GGCACGACCGUCCAAAUGUUAUCCACAAACCCAGCUUCACGUUUCCAUCAAAGGACUUAAAAGAAUCUCUCCUGUGUCUUGCAGCCAACAAUCUAACUCAAGCUCAACCUUCAAAUGAAAGAACACAAAGAAGAAGCAGGAGUUAAGUAAAACAGCACAAAUAAACGAAAGCAAGAGGCCAUGAAAUCAGCAUCAUUUCUUGGGGGUUGUGGUUAUGCUUUGUUUUCUCCAUCUUCAUUUUCUUCUUCGUUGAACAGUGGAAUAAUUAUGGCAAAGAGCAGCAAAAAGCAUCCUACUUCUUCUCCAAAGGAUUCCAAUCCAACACCUCCAAGGAUUACGUCUAAUGUUAAGCAGAAUUUGCAGUAUUUGAAGCUAUGGAAGGAGUUCCAAAAGAGGAAAUCUGGCACCCCUCAGCCUUCUACCAGUUACCGCCGGAAGAGAGUUGAUAAGGAGGAACUUCCUGAAGAUAUUGAGCUCUAUCGUGAUCCUACCACAACCCUUUACUAUACAAACCAGGACAUAGUCGAUGAAGUUCCUGUCUUGCUUGUAGAUGGGUAUAAUAUGUGUGGCUAUUGGCCAAAGCUCAAGAAACAUUUUAUAAAAGGAAGGCUAGAUGUUGCUCGCGAGAAGCUAAUUGAUGAGCUUAUCACAUUUAGUAUGUUAAGAGAGGUGAAAGUGGUUGUUGUAUUUGAUGCUAUGUUGUCUGGACUACCUACACACAAGGAAAGUUUUGUCGGGAUUGAUAUAGUUUUCUCUGGAGAAACAUGUGCUGAUGCAUGGAUUGAGAAAGAGAUUGUAGCUUUGAAGGAAGAUGGAUGCCCCAAAGUUUGGGUUGUGACUUCUGAUCACUGUCAGCAGCAUGCGGCCCAUGGAGCAGGAGCCUUUGUCUGGAGCUGUAAGGCGUUGGUUUCUGAGAUUAAAACAUCACAGAAGGAGGUUGAAAUGAUGUUUCAAGAACAGAGAUCUACUUCAUUUCAAGGUAGAUUGUUGAAGCACAACCUUGAUUCUGAAGUUGUGGAUGCUCUUAAGGAUCUGAGAAAUAAACUGUCAGAGAAUGAGUCAAAGUCAAAAUAGCACAUCUUACUUAAACUUUAUAUCAUGCCCUUUCUGCACACCGUGCUACGACAAGUACAUAAAUCCAUUACCGAAGCAUAAAACAAAAUUCUCGGUUAUAGAGUUCCAAAUUCAUUCAUUAUGACCUGUAUAUAAAGAGAUCCCAGAUCAUGGUGGCAUCCAUCAGGAUACAGAGAAUGGUAACACAAAAUUAUCACUAAUUUUUCUACUUUUUUUCACCGGAGUAAAAGGUGCCACAAUGUAUCCAUUCCUAAACCAUAUUUGGCUUAUGGUUUUUUAAGGUUUUCCUUUCAAUGCCUGAUUGUAAGUUACUUGUCAUGGUUCUUUCUCUUGUUAGUCUUUGUACAUGCUGUAGUUAUUCAGUUCAUUUCUAGAAUCGAAGUGUGGUAUCGAUAAUUGUCAUUGUUUCUAAAUGAGGAUUCUUAGCUCUUAUUCAAUAUUUGGAAAGAAAGAUCAUACAUUAUUUUUUUCUUGUA